AUGUCACCAGCGAAUGUAAACCAUGGCAGCCCAGACAAUGCAUGUGAACCAUUUGACAGAAUUCCUGAAAGAAAUGUGGUCUCAUGGAAUGCGAUGAAUACAGGAUAUGCAUGGAAUGGAGUUUGCGAGGAAGCUCUCAAAACCGUGGGCAUAGGGAGAGCACAGACAGCGCACGUGAACAGUUUGAUAGGUGGAUCAAAUAGUAUAGGUGCAACCACGGCUAGGAAAUUUGUGGCAGAAGGUGCUUAUGUGUACAUUGUUGACAUCGAUGAAGAGGGAGGGGUUAAAGUUAGUCAAGAGCUUGAUGGGAAUGCUUCAUUUGUGAAGUGUGAAGUGGCAAUAGAGACCCAUGUGAAAGGGGUCAUAGAUCGAGCGAUGGAGGAGAAGGGGCGUCUAGAUAUCAUGAUGAACAAUGUGGGUAUAUUGCAUGCUCAUGGUAAUUUCAUCGCACAGGUCUCUGUUGAGACUUGGGAAAGAGUGAUAGCUGUGAAUGUUAUAGGAGCUAUGUUAGGAAUGAAGCACGUUGCAAGGGUCAUGAUUCCAUGCAACUCUAGUUCCAUACUCUUCAAUUGCAGUGUUUUGGGACUAAUGAAGAUUGAUAAUGCCUCUCAUGGUUACAUGGCUUCCAAGAAUGCUCUGUUGGGGUUUGAUGAAGAGUGUUGUAGUGGAGUUGGCAAAGGAAGGAAUAUGUGUGAAUGUUGUGUCAUCCUUUAG